CGAAUAGUGUUUAGUUGUGUUUUUGCGUAUGUGUGUAAGUUGUACGUGUCCGUUUGUCAGUGAUCGCAGUUUACCUUCCUCGGGAAUCCUUAAUCCUCGGGGCUGCGGGUUGCUCCGCUAAGUGGCGCGCUGACCGCGCACGCUCCUCGAGCUUUCGGCGGUUUCGGUCCGGGCGUCCAGUGUUGAGUCUUGUGGAGCAAGGAAAGGUGGCGUCGCGAGCGGGGUUUAAAGAGCCACGAGCUUGCUUUGGUGGUGUCACAGUGACAGACCGUGCAGAGCGCGCGCCCGUUUGAAGUGUAAAAGUGCGCGCAAAGUUCCCGGCUUUUGCUGACGUUUUGUCAAGAAGAGCGAGAGAACGAAACGGAACGGAACGAAUCCGGGGUUUUGAAGAAGAACUAAAAGUGUGUAUGCGCCAAAAAAAGGCUGAUGUGCUGUGGUGUGUGCGUUCGCGAGUAUCAACCCACGACAACGACGACCACGACCACGACGAAGACGGCCACAACGACGACGGCGGCGCCGGCAAUAAUUCGUCGACGCAACUGGCGGCGCAGCACUAGAGUGUGCGAGUUUAAAGGGACACCAUAUCAUCGUCCACCACCAUCCGGCUUAGCUGGUUGGUACUGAUCCCGAUCUCGACCAGACGAAGGCCAUCGAUCGCCACCUCAGUGGGGGAUCCUACCAAGAUCGAACCUCUCUCUCCUCCGCUCCUCUAUCGUCGGGACCACCACCCUCAUUCUACGUGGCCCUUUCCGGUGCGAUACCGCAAGAGAGCUGCUGUCGCUGCUGCUGGUGCUGCUGCUGACGAGGAUUGCGCAUCGCGACUUUUGCACAGUUUUCGCUAAUUUGGCCGCACACGCACACUCUCGCGGCGGGUGCGCGACAUCGGAAAGUGGUUCUGCUCUUGUGUUCAAGUGUCUCUCGACCGAUCAUCACCGUCCCAUGCCUCGUGGGACAGCAUAAAGGAGGAAGGAACCGCAGGUCACCAUCUACCGCCGCUCCAUCGUCCCAUUCGGUCUGGUGGUCAGCAGAGUGCGUGACUAAGUCGAAGGCGCGGUAUCGCGGACCCAUUCGCUCGAACGCUUUGGUGGCAGGUGCGCAAGCCAAAGUCAUCUGAUUCAGUUCUGAGGGAAGCGGAAGGACCAUCGCCUGUCGGUCUGCUCUCCCUGCUUGUGCCGUCGUCCCCAAGACAUUGGAGACGGCUCGGUCUCGUCCUCUGUGCAGUUCUGAUCGGUUCCGCCCGGAGUUAGCUAUCGCCCAAUUUGUGACCACAGCUCUGCGUGCGAACGUAAUGGUGAGCCUCUGAGCCGCCCCUACCCGCCCCCCUUCGUUCGCCUUCGCCCUAGCACUGUGUGGUUACGUCGCGGAUGAUUGAAGACGACCGGGUGGCGCUGCGCUGCUAAUCGUAUGUUGAGCACAUCGCAGCAGAGGCAGAGUUGCAACAUCAUAUAGCAAGCCUUGGAUUACUGCUGCGCUACGAGGCGCCCGAAACCAUCGCAACCCAUCAUCCGGUGGACUGCUAAGAUGGAUAGUCGGAAUGGAUCGAAAUAUGGCAGCAAAGUAUCUUCAACGGAAACCCGUCGCACCCAACCGAACCGCAAUGGUCGCAAACGCAAGAUCACAUCAGAAGACGUCAAGGAUUCGGAGGGUUUGCAACCGUCAGCGAAACGGUCUUCAAUCCGUGGCGCUCGAUCGUCACUCAUCGCACCGUUUUCUCCCAAAGCGGCGCGGCACAUACCCACGGCGAACUCUUCUACGGCAGCCGCUCCAAGCUCCUCGUCGGAACAACAGUCCAUGCCGGUGUUAUCGGUGGCCACGACGAGUGGUGGUGGUGGUAGCAGUAGUAGUAAUGGAGCAAUGGCGAGCAACUUCGUGCAAGAUUUCACCUCCGAUACGCAAAGUUCGUCAGAAUGUUUCUCCUCUACUACCGAGUUCGAUCUGUACCAGCUAGUCAGCCCUGCCUCGGUCAGCAACGGGGGUGUGCUUAGCCCCCUUUGCGACGCUGCCACCCUGGUCGGUAGUGAUGCACCCGCCUGGUUACCAAAAGACGGUAGCGAUUGCUUACCGCACCGGUUGGCUGGUGGUAAAUCGACGGAAGCGGAUAAUCCAACGGCUCUGAAGUCCGCACUUGUCAGUUCCUCCUGCUAUCUAACGCCCUCGUACAAGCAACGUUCCUGCCCGCUGCCCUCGCUCUCGUGGGUGGAUUCGGUGGAAAUGUGGAAGCUAAUGUGUCGGAAGGAUGAUCUGUCGUGGCUCGAUCGGGAACCGAACAUGUUCGACAACCAUCCAGGUAUUGUGCCCCGUAUGCGUGCGAUCCUCGUAGAUUGGCUGAGCGAAGUCUGCGAGGUGUACAAGAUGCACCGUGAGACCUACUACCUAGCGGUGGACUACAUCGAUCGGUUUCUGAGCCGCAAAAAGGAGCAAAAGAAAACGCACCUCCAGUUGCUCGGCAUCACGGCUUUGUUCGUUGCGGCCAAAGUUGAAGAGAUCUAUCCACCGAAAAUUGGCGAGUUCGCGUACGUCACCGAUGGUGCGUGUACCGAGGAGGACAUCUUGGAUGAGGAGCUGGUGCUAUUGAGCGUGCUCGAUUGGAACAUCAAUCCGGUCACGGUGAUAGGUUGGCUGGGGAUGUAUAUGCAGGUCAAUGUUACCACCCGAGAGCCGGACAACCAAUUGCGUUAUGUCCGUGCUGGCACCACCGGUACCACCGGUGUUGCUACACAAAUGGCAAAAACGGUGCCAACACCACUGUUUGGAGAGAAUGAUGAAAACCAAACCAACAACUGGUCCAGUGUACCCUGUACGCCAAACAAACACAGUGCGGGACAGGGUGGCCGUAAUGCCAGUGCAAGCAAGACUGACGAUGCCUUCGUGUAUCCACAAUUUUCCGGCAUGGAGUUCGCGCACACAGCACAGCUCAUCGAUCUCUGCGUGCUGGAUCUAGGAUUCGCUAACUUUAAGUACUCUGUGAUUGCCGCUGCCGCCAUCAGCCAUACGUUCGAUAGGAAAACAGCAACAUUUGUAUCUGGUUUAAACUGGGAAGAGAUUGCGCCCUGUGCCAAAUGGAUGGAAUCAUUCUUCGCCGUUAUCUCGGAACAGAAUGCCCAGUGUCCGCUCACGUUUCUGGAGUCAAAUGAACAGCUUAAGUACAGUCAUGGGCUGAGCCACUUUUGCCCCAAUUUGGUGGGCGACAGUUCCCACAUCAUCCAGACGCACACAACUUCGAUGAGUAUGCUGGAACUGGUGGCCAUCAAAAUGGAGGAAAUCGAGUCGUCGGAACGCAUGGUGAAGCAGGAGGCGUCACCGGCACCAAUUGGCACCACGCUAGAGGACGGUAUUCUGACGCCUCCGGCAUCCAAUCGCAAGUCUUUAGAAACGGUAAGCGGUCCUUAUCAUCAUCCGCUACAACCUUCAACAAUUCACCAGGAGCCACAACUACAUCCGGUGCCGGGUCACGGAGUGAUUGUGCAACAGCUAGUGCUUAAAUGAUACCUUCUAUGUAAAUUAUGAUUCUGUUGCUACGCUCGUGCGAUAUUAUGAUAGACACGCACCCGCCAUCAUUCUAAAAGGAUCGAGGAAUAAUCCUGAGAUUCACGUGGGUUCUAUCACCCCGUGGAUAUAGAUUUGUAAGCAUUUCAACUGCGACUUUAUCAAUCGUGGCUCAUCAAGGGAAGGAUGGUUUUUGAAUUGAAACGCUGAGGCGUAUCGCUAGUUAUCAGUUGAUUAAACCAAUACCUGCCAUUAUAUCAACGAAUCGUUUGUAUUUGCGAUUACUCAAACCAAUACAUAGAAACACCAAAAUAAGCAACCAUUAAAUGAAACAAAUUAGUAAAAUGAGCUUAGCCCCGGUGCGCAAGGAGUACAAUGACGCUUCUAUUGUUCAUGAUCGAUCAAACAUUAAAUCCAUUUCAUCAUCCUUUACACAAUCAUUUUUCCGCCUGAACGCGCGUCCUCAACCCACUAAAACUGUAACAUGGAUAUAGCUUAUCCCACUAAACUAUACUAACAUGUGCUCUGCUCCUAAAAUAACUCACUAACCCCACGCCCUUCAAUCCGGUCACGGUUGCUUCUCCUUUCCUAGUUGCGCCUCAUUCAAUCGCAUUUUCACUUGGGUACUGGGGUCAAUUCAUUUUGCAUCUCAUUAUAAGUUUUCUUAUGAAUUUCUUUUCCACACUUAUUCAUUACUGUUCCUACUUGGCUAUACAUAUUUCACUCGACGACAAUACUAUGACUCUGUUAAAAUACCAUACAAAAAAAAAAAACGCGCCGUUCCACUGUGAUAAUAUCGAUCAUGUUUCUUCAUACUUGGUUCAGUUCUCAAUCUCUCAUAAUACAAACCAUCAAAAAACAAUAUUGUGAUACUUUUGCUAAUGAUUCUGUAACAAACAAACAAGAAUGUGCCCAAUGUGUAGUACAAGCAAGCCGAUGUUCAUCGUGACAACGUGAAUGGGGGAAACUACUACAUAUUCCACCGAUAGAAAACAAAAGGCGAUGCAAUUCUAGCAUAAGCGUGUAUUAAUGAUGUCCAUCAUCAUUAGCGCCCCAGCAUAGCGAUUCAAUUCAACAUCAUAGGAUAAAAUUUAGAAUUUCUCACAAACAAACGUGUUUCAAAGUGAGGUCCAGGCCGACCUCAAACAACGGUACAUGAUUUGUGCAAUGUUAGAACUCUGCUCUACUGAAACGAGCGUCAUUGCGAAGACUUUACGAUUUCAUCUAAUGGGUUGAUGGUAGAGAUCAAUUAAAUUACUAGUGACCUAUUAGUGCUAGCGUUAACAAUAAUGAAUCCAGACGUUGAAUUAUUUAAACUCAUUGCUUCCCAUUCUAGGGAUAUCUUAUACGAAUAGGUAGUCCAAUGUCACCCAAUAUUAUAUCAUGUGAUUUGUGAUAUUUAAGAUCAGUUUCAUCGUGAAAACCGUAACAAUCUGCAUUUGCUUUCGCACAUGCAUUCUUUAUCUAUAUGUUGUUGGGCCAGAAAUAAGAAUGAUGAACCAUAGUAAACUAAAUUGCCACAGGAUAGCGAGUCUAUCGUUAUGUAUAUACUAGAAUAACAAUGUUAUGUAUAAAGCUGAAUAACUUCCAAACAAAAAGAACCGUGUAACCUAUUUAAAGAAAUUUUAAACUCUUCCGGAUGAUAGGAAGAUGGGCCUGGUGUAGUUAAAAAUAGCGUUUGACUGGGUCUGAGCCCUACGUUACUGACCAAAAUAUGAUAGAAAAAAAUGCAUAACAGUGUGUACUGAUUAACCUACCUGUAUGGUAGAUGGAUUCCAACAUCCAGUAGAUGGAUUCCAACAUUGGAUAAUCGAUUAUAGUUACUAGGUUGAUCAAUCUAGUUAAGAAGCGUGAUGUAUUAUUUGCAUAUUGUAGAUAUUCACAGCAAAAAAACGGAAUCUAACAAACAAAAUGAAGAAGUUACAAAAUGAAAUAAAUGAAAAAGAA